AUGCGCCUCGGCCUCGGCACAUUCGACAAUCCCGAAGACGGCGCCCGCGCGUACGACCCGAUAGCGUGGCGCCUCCGACGACCUCGUAGGGAGAUGAAUUUCCUCGAGGUGAUGACGCGGGAGUGGACGCAGCGGCUCACGCCUCCCUUGUGGCUUGUCACCGAAGAGGACCAUCGCCAGAACCGGAGGCGGGAGCGUCGCCUCGGCAUCGCUGAGAUGGACGAGCAUGCCAUGACGGCGUGGCGCCAACAGUUCCCGCAAGACGUCCUCGACGAGCGCGCAUUCUUCACGCAAAAGAGGGCGGAGCGAGCCCUCUAUCGGGAGGACAUGCGUAUGCGAAAGCAGGCCACGUUCUUCAACAUCGAGCUCAAAGAAGCGUCGACUUGGGACCUCGAUGAUGAGCGGUUGGCUCACGCCUCCAUCGCGACGGAGGAGUGGGACACCAACGAGUCGGAGGAAGACGACGAGGAGUAG